UUGAUGCAUCGGCUGCCGCAGUUUUUGCUGGCUCGGAGCUGCACGACUGCAGCUGUGUUGGGGACGCAAUCGCUGUGCUGGCGAUAGAGUCUGCAAUCCCAGGGCUAUGGAUGAUGAGUUCAUGGAUGCCGCGAUGCAGAUCAACGCUUUUGGUUUGUCUGCAGGUUGUACCUUCUCGCUGGACAAUGUCCCGAACCAGUUGGCCGUAUUGGGCCACUUUCGGGCCAUGCUUGAGAUGUGUCAGAAUCAGAUCGAAGGUGAUCCAGAUCAGCUGGACUCAGCUAGAGAAGUGGAAAAUCAGCUUCGGACAGUGAAGUUGAUGAUUAAAUGUGCGCAAGCCAGGCGUAAGGCCGUGCGGGUGGAAGUUAUGCCAUGCAUUUUGUCCACCUCUCUGAACCAACCGCAGGACUCCUCCGAGGUUUCGUCGACGUCCAUCCUGUCGAUGUCGGUGUCUCCAAUCAACUCCAAUCGAGGGAGAGGGCGACGCUUGCCCAAGUUGGAGCGCGACCAUUCGGGUGGGUUGGAAGCGAUUCGGAACGAGAGCCAGCUGCAGGAGGAGGAGGCAACCUCUCGUCCGGGCGCCUCCGAAAACUCCAAGAUGCCAUCGGAGAAGGCAUCUCAAGGCUUUUCAAAGAACCAACAGCAGAGUUUCAAUAGCUCAAGCAGUCACAAGGACCAGAAACAGGUGCCUACACCUCCAACCAGUGGUUCUUCUUUCAGUCGUUAUCUGCCCUCGUUUUUGAGAAAGGCACGGACAGGCUCCAAAGACAAGGCAAUCGAAGAAAAAUCACGGCGGUCAUCGCUCGACCAGGCUGAUAAAAAACAGCCCACGAAGUCCAAGUCUAUCAUCGACGAGUUGGACUUGGACGUGAAGGGCCUCGAGCGAGUUUAUCAGGAAAGACAUGAAACGCAGGUCAACACGGAUGUUCAACGCCAAAUCAGCUGUUGAGGACGAGUGCAACAAACUGGCUCUUCCUGCGCCUGAAACUCGCAAGAGAUGCACAGUCUAAGUCUACCGGUUGCCACGAGUCAAUUGACUUGCUUGUACAGACGGCAGCCGGCAAGGGCCUUGGAUGCCGUCCGCAAGUUUGCGACCAACAAGAGCCAGAGAAGGUUGCAAUCAACAAGAAACCAGGUGAAUCCAAAUGUUCAAAACCCUUGAC